AUAUGAGAAUUAGAUUUUAGUUUCGGGGCAUCAGUUGUUGUUUGGUUCGCAACACAGACUGUGUUAAGCACAGGCGACCGUGUAAUAUACACAUAUAUUCAAUAUUGGUUUAUUCAUUUCUCAGACGAUUCGCAUUUUAUUUUUAUUAUUCGGUUCAGCACCAUAUUUUGGCUCGUCGUUCCUUUGUGUCUCUUUUAUUUCACUGUUCAUAAACAUACGUCGAUUGAGUAAGCACAGUUGAUGGUGAAUUUUGAGUGUAAAUUGUUUUCACUGUUGCAAACAGUUGUGCUGUGUGUGUUUUUUUUCCUGCUUGACGAUUGAAAUAUAGUGCUGAAUUAGUGAAUACAUGCCCGACGAAAUCAAAUAGUACGAGAGAAUUUUGAAUAGCGCCGAAUGCAAAGCAUUAGAAAGGGAGAAAGACGAGCAAAAUAAAGACAGGAAAGUGUUUGUUCAACUAAAAUCGAUACAACAUCGUCAUUCACCAUUGAAAUCCGAUUCAAUAGUGUCGUUUGUGCGGUGCAAGAAUGAAAUGAAUUGUGCGUCUUGUUACUGCGAAUUUCAGUUUGUCUUUCAUUCGGCAUAAUAAAAAUUCUUAUAUACGUAUGGAUGCUUUGUAGCGUGCAACAGGCGCUCCCAAAAUUCAAUUCACUUACAAACUAAUUUGAAUUGGAAGAAUCUUUUGUACGGAUGAGUGAAUUUCUAAAACAAAAAAACACACACACACACACACACACACAAAGAAUCAAUCAAAGUUAAAUCCGCAUCGUUAUAUAGAACACGACCAGCUGAGAUCUAUUGAGGAACUAUUAAAACUAUAAAUAAUAGAGAAAAAAACAUAUGUGAAGUUUACACAAACUGUUUUUGUUCACAUUCAAAUACGAAGGCAAGCUAAAUUACCCAACACACAGUUUGCCACAUCGUCGAGUGAAUUACACAUAUAUGUAUUCAAAUUCGAAACGAGAUUUAACGAUAAAAAAAAACAGUCAUAAAUAUGAGUUAAUGCCGAAUAUUGAAAUCGGUUAGUGUCUCUUUUGUUCUUUCUCUCUUUAUUGUUGAAACGUGUUACAUAGACAACGGUUUGGGUUUAUAUUGAAUACAAUUCACAACAAAGAAUACCUGCAUAUUCUGCACUGUGGUGUAUAUUAUUAUGGCCUGCUAUUAGUUAUUACUGUUUUGCUGUGUAUGUGAAUACUUGAUCGGUUGCCAAAAACUAAAGUGAAUUUCAAAACGCAAAACAACGAACAAAAACACACAAAAUUUGUCUCGAGAUCUGGAUCUUUUGAAAAGUACUUGUGAUUUGAAGGAGAAUUUAAUGCGAUAGACAUCGUCUGUCUCAUUUGAAUAUUUUGUUGAAAUCUAGUUGUUCUGAGCGUGUGUGAUCAAUAUCGCCUCUGCUUAACGCUCUCGAACAAAAUAGAUUCAGGAUCAUAAAAUUUGUGAUCACUUUGCUGUAAGAAACUAAAACACAAUGGAUCCGUUAAGUAUUGGAUCAAGUGCACUUAGCUUAAAUCAGCGGUUCGAAGAGACGGAAGAACAGAAAUCAGAAGAUGCAUUUCGUGAAGUAAUUACAAGUUGUCGUUCCCUCAGUACCUAUGAACCAAACAACUUAAAUAGUGCACUGCCACAGAUUUUUGCUGCUACAACGGCUGCAUCGUUUCACAUUGUAAUUGGUAUAUCGUUAGCUUUCUCCGCGGUUUUCGUGCCUCAGGUAGAAGACGAAGACAGUGAUUUAAGACUAACAGUAACACAAACAUCAUGGAUAUCUUCCAUAAUUGUGCUUUCGGUGCCUGUUGGCUGUUUGAUUGCAGCAAUUCUGAUGGAAUGGUUGGGACGUUUAAAAACAAUUAAAUUGGCAGCAAUUCCUUGUGUCAUGGGAUGGCUUUUGAUAGCCAAUGCAACCUCUAUGGACUUAGAUGUACUUUCCACAUUUUGGGUGAUAUUGUUUGGUCGCAUUUUAACUGGUUUGGGUUCGGCGAUAGGCACAAGUCCGGCGAUUGUUUAUAUUACAGAAGUAGCACGGCCAGAUUUACGAGGUUCAUUAAUAUCAGCGGCACCAACUUUAGCCUCGCUCGGCAUGGUUAUAUCAUACGCAAAAGGAGCAUUUAUGGGAUGGCGCAUGCUUGCUUGGCUGUCAAUCAUCUACACAAUUGUUCCGGUCAUUUUCAUUCACAUCUUUGUGCCUGAGUCGCCGGUUUGGCUUGUCAGCAAAGGAUCCAUUGAAGAAGCAGCACGUUCGCUAAAGUUCCUCUACAAAAACUAUCCACAACCAGAACACACGGCUCAAUCGCUUUCCGAUAUGCACUUGACUAGUUUGCAACGUGAAAAGGAAAAGAAUUUCCGUGGCAAGAAUAUGCCAAAGAAUUUCUCCGUUACAUCAUUCACACCGAUGCAAAGUGAAGGUUUUCGCAGCUCAAAAUGGGCCGGCUUUUUUCGUCCAACGGGUUAUAAGCCAAUGAUAAUUUUAUUCUUUUUGUUCUUGAUUCAACAAUUCAGUGGAAUUUAUAUUACAUUAUUUUAUGCCGUCACAUUUUUUAAUGAUAUUGGAAGUAAAGUGAAUGCUUAUCAUGUAUCGAUUUGUAUCGGUAUAACGCGAUUCGUGAUGUCACUAUGCAAUGCAUGGUUUUUAAAGAAAUUCAAACGUCGACCGUUAGUAAUGGUUUCGGGAAUCGGCAUGGCCAUCGUUAUGUUCAUCUCAGGCACUUUUACCAAGUGGAUCAAAGAUGGCACUUCACAACAAGCAUGGGUACCAGUUGUUUGUAUGUUACUGUACGUUUGCUUUUCAAUGGUCGGAUUGUUAACAAUUCCAUGGACAAUGACAGCAGAGCUGUUUCCAAACGAAAUUAGAGGAGUCGCUCAUUCUAUUUCUUACUCGAUGGCAAAUAUUUUGAUGUUUGUCGCCAUUAAUGUUUAUCGGGAUUUAACCAAAUUUUUGGGUGGUUCUCAUGCAAUUCAAUAUUUCUUUGCCGGUGUAUCGAUUAUUGCCGUUUUCUUUGCACUUCUAUUCCUACCCGAGACAUUUGGAAAGAAGUUGUCCGAAAUUGAAGACCAUUUCAGAGGCAAGAGUAAACCAAAAACAACAACAAAACCGAAGAAGCCAAUACACAAUCGUAAACCCAAACAAACACUUCAAACCGUUAAUGAAUCGGAAAAAAUGAUGAACGGUGCUGAAAAUGUCUGAACACCCAUCGAUGCUUUUUAUAAAAUGUCCAUCACACACACACAUGCACGCACAGACACAAUCAGUGCUUAAUUAUUUUGAAUUCGCGUUUUUUUCUUUUUAAUUUGAUUAUUAGAUAGGGUUAUUUGAACUAAACCGUUUUGACAAAUUAAAAUUUGAGCAUAGAAUUCCGUUCGCAAUGACAAUAAGAAUAAGAUUUUAAGUGAUUCAUUUUUUCUUCUUCUCCUCUAUAGUCUAGGUUCAGUCGUUCGAUUAAUGAAUGUUACUUAAUUAUAGUAUAUCAUAGAAAUUGCGUUCAUCAUCUCCAAGCGACCAUGAUUUAUCUGAAACAAAAGUGCUGUGAAAACGAAGCUAAAAAUUCAAUUUCCAAGUACACCGAACCAAAAUGUCUUUUUAGCAUUUUCAUUUAAUGUCGCAAUGGCGUCUUUGUUCAGUCUCUCAAGACAUUUAUAUUUUGAUUUUGAUAAUCUAGAGUUUUAUUGUGAAAAUCUCACUAUAUAUCUUUUAUAAGACGGCUGCUCUUCGAUAUUGGUUUUUUUUCGCUGAAAUUUUACUUAAUUUUUUCUUUGUCAUAGUAACUGUAGUGAUCGAUCUCAAAAAGAUUGAUGCAUCGAUUGAGCAUUAGUUUAUUUAUUCUUUACAAUGCAACUAGAUUUUCAAUCGCACAAUAAUAAUUCAAAAGUCACCUGUUUUCAAUAUGGAAUCUUAAGUAUUUCAUCUUCCUCAUUUGAGCUAACUGGUGAUACCAUAAGUGGAACAAACUUUACUUAACAUUUAUUGCAAAUUCGAAUAAUGAGCAAAUUUUCGACAUUUUUUUUCUUUUUAAAUU